AAUUCACAAUAACAUUUUAAGAAAACAUUGUUUUCCUUUUUCUUUUUUUCUUUUUUUCCCCUUUCUUCUGCAGUUCAAUAAUCGCGGCAUUAAUCGCUCUAUCUGUCUCCAGUUCCAGGAAGAUCACGAUUCACACGCUUGUUCUCACUUUUCUAACGAGCGUGCAUGUGAGAAAAAGAAAAUCUUAAACGCUGCCGUUUCUUCUGCUUCCCCAGCUACACUAUCUUCUCGCUCAAUUUCACCGCUUCAGUUGAGUUCACUCCUUGAUCUGCCACGGUUUCACUCUUCUACACUGAAACACUGUCGUUUUGGGUCUCGAUCUCGCUUUUGGUUGCUGCCUCAGGGAUAAUCAUGAGCAAAGCGCCGAUUCUCGAGAUUGAGCCCAAGGAACUCAAAUUUAUAUUUGAGUUGAAGAAGCAAAGUGCGUGCUCGGUUCAGUUGGCGAAUAAUACCAACUACUAUGUAGCGUUCAAGGUCAAGACGACGUCGCCUAAGAAAUAUUCAGUGCGUCCAAAUGUUGGAGUUCUCAUGCCAAAAGCUACUUGUGAAUUCAUAGUUACAAUGCAAGCCCAGCGGGUACCACCUGAUGAUAUGGUAUGCAAGGACAAGUUCUUAAUCCAGAGCACAAUGGUUCCUGGUGAAACAACCAGUGAAGAUGUUACUUCCAGCUUGUUUGUUAAAGAUGGAAGUAAAUACAUAGAAGAAAAUAAGCUGAAGGUGACCCUGAUCAGCCCACCCAAUUCACCAGUUCUCUCUCCUAUCAACGGAGACUUCAAGAAUGGGCUCGAUCAUGAAAAAGUUCACAUAUAUAGUAAAGAUGAAAUCCAAUCCCCAGAGCCCAUGGUCCGAGGAAACUUCACUAAUAUUCUUAAAAAUCCAGACAUGGAUCAUGAGGUAUUAAAUCUAGAAGAGGAUAUGGAGUUAAGGCCAGAGCAUUAUAUGGGGCUGGACUCUAUGAAGGAUGUAGGGGAGCCAAAAGAAGAAGCAGGGUUAAAAGUGUCAAAAAAUAAGGAGUUGAACAUGGUAAAGGAUGUCGAAGAACUGAAACUGCGAAAGAAGUUAGAGUUAGAAGUGUCAGAAGAUCUGGAUUUGAACAAAGUAAAGAACGUAGAUGAGCUGAAACCACAGAAAGCAGCAGAGUUGAAAGUGUCAAAUGUUCUGGAUCUGAACAAAGUAAAGAAUGAAGAGGAGCUGAAACCAGAGGAAGCAGCAGAGUUGAAAGAGUCAAAAGUUCUGGAUCUGAACAAAGUAAAGAAUGCAGAGGAGCCGAAACCAGAGAAAGCGGCAGUGUUGAAUGCGUCAAACGUUCUGGAUUUAAAUCCAGUAAAUAAUGUAAAGGAACUGAAGCCAGAAAAUGAAACAGAGUUAAAAAUGUCAAAAGAGCUGGAGUUGAAAACAGUAAAGAAUGUUGAGGAACUGAAGCCAGAAAAAGAAGUUGAGUUAAGAGUUUCAAAGAGUAUAGAGGAGCUGAAAUUGAUGAAAGCUAUUGAAGAGAUGAAGUCAAAGCUAGAUGGACUUGAGUCAAAACUAAAUGCGUCUGGAGUAACAAUAUCAAAAUUAACAGAGGAGAGGAGGCUCAGCAAUCAAGAGACGAGAAUCUUGCAAGAAAAAUUAGCAGAUCUUAUUAAUAAAGGUCCAAGAAAAGUUCAGGUCGGGUUCCCACUUCUAUAUGUCUGUAUGGUGGCGCUUAUUUGUGUCUUCUUGGGAUACCGUUUACACUCUUGAUACCUGGCCGAUCAAUCAUAUGCAGGAAGCCACUAACAUUUUGAAUUUCCUCGAAUUUGUUAAUAGCAGAAGUUUAGGCAUAAAUCCACUCUAUAUCUAUAAAUGUAAUAGUAGAGGAUCUGUAUACUUGACGACGGUCAGCGAUGUUCGAUCUGAUCUGUCUAGUCCAUAAUCAUGUACGUCUCCACAUUUGUAUAUGCAAAUUUACCCAGGUGUACAAGUACAAAUAAUGAGAUAUAUAUCUGUCGGGUAGAUAACUUCUGUGUAUAGAAUAUAGAUAGUAGAAAACUGAGUGUUGUGUUUGCAUAUUUGAGGCCGUUCAUUUC